AUGCGCGCCCCGGCCAUCGCGCCGCUUGGCUGCCUGCUCGCCUGCGCGGCGCAUGCCGCCGCCACUCCGGCCACCGCACGUUCAUCCGCCCACGUCGUGAUGCGCGCCGGACCGAAGCAGCCCGGAAAGAGACGCCUCGAGACGCGGGGCGAGAUCUCCGCCGCGCGAAAGGCGGUCGGCGGCCGAGUGCUCGCCGAUGGCCGCGUCGCCUCGAUCCUCCACGCGCGCACUCGCUCCGCGUUGUACGGCCGCGUGCCUCUGCCACCGCAGCCCCACGCCUACCGCACCGGCCUCUCCGCAUCCGACGAGGCCACGUGGCUCUCGGUCGUCGACUCGCACUUCACCUUUGCUCCGCUGCAGCCGGCGGACGAGGCGGCGUUCGUCGCCGCGCUGGCCGCCGUCGGCGCGAGUCGGGCGCAGGGCCUCGGUCUGCGCAACGGCCUCUACCGCGAGCGCCAGGCGGCCGCUGAGCCUCGGCUCGACGGCGCAAUCUCGCACGCAAUCUCCAACGGCCGAGGUUCAAUCUCCGACGGGCGAGAGUGCGCGUGGCCCUGCCUGCCUGAGGUUGCUGCGGCGUGCGGCGCGCCGCCGCUGGCGGUGCUGCGCCGCAUGGUCUCCCGCGAGGGCCGCCUCUCCCCGCGCCUCUCUGCCGCCCUCGUCGAGGCGAUCAUCGAGGCGCAUGACAGGUGGGUGGACGUGAAGCAUUCCUUUGGGCGGGGCGACAGCGCGCGGGUGAGAGGUCAGGUGGAGCGGUACUGCACGGACUCGUUGAGACUAAUCGAGGCUAAUCAGUACUAA